AUGCAUCUCUCCUCCCGCCACGUCCCUGCCCGCGUCCUUGUGCUCGGGCUCGUCCUGCUGUUGGGGCUGGCUUACUGCUCCGUUGUGGACAAGGUCGCGCUGCCGCGAUAUGUACCCUCCGCGGAGACGCGCGCGCUGGGGCACCCGACGUUCGCGGAGGUGAGGGAGGCGGAGCGCUUGCUGCCGCAGCACCGGGCGCCGGGUCGGUGGGCGCUGGGCGGCAAGGGGAAGCGGGGGAGGUAUGUGUACUUCCCGUGGGAGGCCUGGGGCACCGGGUGGAAUAACGUUUUCCAAGAGCAGCUGCUCAACACGCACCUCGCCUUCCGCGCGGACCGGGGGUACGUCUUCGGUGACUACAUCGCGCGUGACCACCCGCCGUUCAGCGACACGCUCCCGAACGGAACGCGGAGCCACCUGCAUAUACCGAUGGGCGCGUUUACGAGCGGGCCGACGGGCGGCGGCGCGUGGGGCGGUAGGGAAAAGGGCAGGCCGCGGGGGAUAUCGCGCGCGUGGUGGGACGUGGUGUGUAAAGGGAGGAAGACGGUGCUGUCGGCGCCAGAGAUGAACAGGGAGCUCGCGAUCGGGCCGGAGACGAGCGGCGCGGACCGGAUGGUGCGCUGGGGCGCGAAGCUAAAAGAUAUGGAGGCGGAGUGUGUGGAGGUGGUGGACGGGACGCCGUUCGAUUACCCGUUUAUCAUCACUGACAAGCCCGCGUCGAUCUGGGACUGGCCCGCGUCCUACGGCGCGUCACUCACACUCACUGCAUUUCGCUGGUCUGCGCUCGUCACGCGGGCCCUGAUCCGCAACCACGCGCUCUUCGCCCCGUCCCUCCCCACACAUCUCCGCCCAUCCCUCCCUUGGCACUGGCACCUCCGCCUGCUCGGCCCGCCCGACCUCGGCAGCACUGCCGCCCCGCUCCCGCUGUCCGCCGUCCCCCCGCUCACCAUCACCGCCCCGCCGCUCACAGGCCUGCUCGCGCUGCACGUCCGACGCGGGGAUUACCAAGAGCACUGCCCCAACCUCGUGGCCGCGGCCGUCCCGUACAACACGUGGAACGCGCUCCCCGCGCUGCCCGACCGGCGCUCGCCGCACAGCGAGAUGCACGCCCACUGCUUUCCGGGUGUGACCCAGAUACUGGCGAAGAUCGAGUCUGUGUUGAAGACAGAGAGGAAGUUUAAGGUGGAGCGGGUGUAUAUCGCGACGAACGGCGACGCAGAUUUUAUUAGUCAAUUGACCGAGCGCCUCAAGACGACGUUCGCCGUCCCCGUCGCGAGCUCGCGCGACAUGCGCCUUACCCCGGAAGAAGAGGCGGUCGGCCAGGCGGUGGACAUGGCGGUGCUCACCGCCGCGGAGGUGUUCAUCGGCAACGGGUGGUCCAGUCUCACCUCGAACGUCGUGCAGCUGCGCCUCGCGGGCGGGCGCCCGGCCGCGCGCUGCCGCUUCUGGUAA